CUUGGAAUGCAUUUCUGUACAUUCCACAAGUUCAACUGGUAGCCGUCACUUCGGACCGGAGAGCACUACGUCACAUUGUUAUACACACCGAAUCGAAGCAGCUGCCGCCGAAAAAUCAAUAUCUUACCAAACUCCUACGUGGACGGUUGAAAUCGUUUAGAAACGUGCAAUAUGUUUUCCCGUUCGCAGAGUGUGCACAUGCUGGUUGGGGUGCUCCUGCUCCUUUCCAGUGGCUACCAGGUGCACUCGUAUGGCACUAAGGACAUCCUGGCCGAUGCCCUGCUGACGGAUCUGCUCAACCGCAUGGACAACGACAUGCAGGUGGGAUACUAUGAUGUGGACAACGAGGCCCCCGCUGGCGCCAAGGAUAACGUUGACCUGGUCUCCCGAUCCGAAUACGCCAGGCUGUGUGAUGGGGGAAGCGACUGCAUCCUGCCAUCGGGAGCAGGUUCCAAUCCCUCCUUGAGGGACCACGAGUUCCUGCAGCACAGCUCGCUGUGGGGCCACCAGUUCAUCUCGGGGGGAAUGGGAGAGGGUCCCAAUAGGUACCCGACCAUAGUGAAGAACGAUGCCGGACUGCCGGCCUACUGUAAUCCCCCCAAUCCCUGCCCGGAGGGCUACGACAUGGAGACCCAGGGCGGCAGCUGCCUCAUGGACUUCGAGAACACGGCCAUCUUCAGUCGGGAGUUCCAGGCUGCCCAGGACUGCACCUGCGACAAUGAGCACAUGUUCGACUGCUCGGACCAGGACAGCGCCGAUACCGGAUCGGACAAGGCCGACUUGAACUCCGCCGUGGAGCAGUACAUCCUGCAGAUGGGCCAGGAGAACAGCCUGAACAACGUGAACAGCCUGGUGAAGAAGGCCGGGUAUCCGGCCAUGCCCGAUCCGCGCUUGGACGCAGCAGUCAUGAAUCCGUUCCUCCAGGGCGACCGCUUGCCCAUCGCCGCCAAGAAGGGCAACCUGCUCUUCCACUAAGCUGGCGACCAUACCUACAUCGUUUUCCAUAUUGGGUGUCUAAUACUAUUACCUAUCAAAGUCUAUAAAUGUUUCUCCCCUCCCCGCAAAUAAAGUUAUUCGUAUUAAACCAGGGCUCUAAGCCGAACACAAACA